GGACCAAUAGAGCCAUGAACAACUGUUUCAAAUGCAGGGGCCUAAUCAUCACCCUUCUUAUCUCAAUUCUCUUUCGAGAUUCUCUAGCGUCGGUUGUUUCCACCGGAGAUUUCAACAAAGACUUCUUUGUGAUGUGGGCUCCCAAUUAUGUAAACACUUCAUCUAAUGGCGGGGAAAGAAGCUUGAAGCUUGAUCAACAAUCUGGAUCCGGUUUUGCAUCGAACCAGAUGUUCUUGUUCGGUCGAAUAGACAUGCAAAUUAAACUAGUACCUGGGAACUCUGCAGGAACAGUAUUGGCCUACUAUUUGGCAUCGGAUCAGCCUAAUCGAGACGAGAUAGAUUUCGAGUUUCUCGGCAAUGUGAGUGGAGAGCCAUACAUAGUACAAACAAAUAUCUAUGUCGACGGUUUCGACAACCGCGAGGAGAGGAUUUACUUGUGGUUUGAUCCAACAGAGGAUUAUCAUACAUAUUCCAUACUAUGGAACCUUCACCAAAUAGUGUUUAUGGUAGAUUCAAUUCCAAUUAGAGUAUACAGAAACCAUGCAGACAAGGGAGUGGCAUAUCCUAGGUGGCAGCCAAUGGGCAUCAAAAUCAGCCUAUGGAACGGUGACAGCUGGGCAACACGCGGCGGGCUGGACAAAAUCGAUUGGUCAAAGGGCCCCUUCAUAGCCUCAUUCAAGGAUUACACGAUCGAUGCCUGUGUUUGGGAAGGGAACCCGAGGUUUUGUAGAGCAGAUAGCACAGAUAACUGGUGGAACAAACCCAGAAUGAGCAGUCUAAGCAGGGAGCAGAAGAGAUGGUUCAAAUGGGUUAGGAAGUACCACAUGGUUUAUGACUAUUGCCAAGAUCAUCAAAGGUUCCAUAAUAAUCUCCCCAAGGAAUGCUUCCUUCCCAAGUAUUAAUACAAAUAAAGUAGCUGAUG